UUUCGGCUUCGGCUACGGUGGAGCAGAGUUAAGAUUCCUACUAUGCUGAGACCGUACAUAAACAUUUCAAGCCCAUGCUUUCGGAAGGUUACAUCGACAUUAUUUUGAGUUUUCAUGUAAUUUAUGUUUUCUAGACAUUUUUUAAGUAGAUCUAUUUUUCCGAAGGUCUAUUUUCCAUAGAAACACAAUGGCUUCCAAACCGCAAUUUGAUGCACUCCUUGGUGGGGACACCGAAGUGCCAAUUGAAGUGGAUACAAUGCGGUUCGCUACUGCUAGAGCUCAGGAGAUUGCUGCCAUUAGUCAAGCCCUUGAUGAUUCUCAAAAGGGCAAACUUAUUUUUCAACGCCUCCCUCGCCACAUGCGUCGCCGAGUCAUGGGCCACAAUGCAAAACGGAUGCCCAGAAAUCUUCGAGAUGCAUAUUCACAGCAGCUCCUGAAGAGCUCUGGAGGAUCUGUCGCUAAACAUAAGAAACCUAGCAGGAAACACCGGAGAAGACCUGCAAAUUUGCUUGAUGAGUAUAAUAGACGACAAAGAAAUUUUGUUUGGCUAGAAACACACAUAUGGCAUGCCAAGCGGUUCCAUAUGACUGAACGUUGGGGAUACCGCCUUGCUCUGUUUCCUAAUGACCGUAGUUAUAGAGCUUGUUACCGGGCUGCUGCAAAUCAUUGUCUUCUACAAGACAUAUCUUUUCUGUGCUGUAUUGAACUCACAGGACCACUAAGCUUGCUCUUAGAGGGCCUCGCCAAACAUACUUUUAGUGGAUUGUCCUUUGCUGCUCGGUGUUUCUUGGAUGGAGCCCGUGAGGGUGAAGUCAUGUUUUAUGAGGGUGGGAAAGCACCUUGGCACCCAAUUGGGACUGUAAAUUUUUUUUGGAAACCUUGUAAAUCAUCAACAUCAUCAAUGGAAAGAUCACUCUGGAUUUGGGCUCACCCAGCCUUUUACCAGAGUAUUAUUGAUGCAUUGACAGUCACUUUUCAACUGACUUCUAAUUCCGAGAGCGAUGAACUUGUCCAGAGUGAGGAGAGCUGUUGCGGUCCUGCUAAAAAGAAAUUGAAAACUGAAAAUGCAGCACAUAAAUCUGUUGAAGAACAAAAGUUACUUACUCGAAAUGUUCCGUUUGAGAGGACUCCUAAGUUUACCAGCAAAUGUAAUCAGGUUCAGAUGGCUCUCUUGAAAGACACCCUGAACAGAUUUCGUUUGACUGGACCUUUAUCACAAGCCAUUCUUGAGGAAGCUCUACAACUUGUCAAUGAAACUAAUGAGCACUCCAUCAAUUUUAGUGAUACUAAUGGUGUAACUAGUAAUCCCCAGGAAGAACAAAAUAAUUUGAACUCUUCAGAACAAUGUUUGUUAGAUAAUGAUCCUCAUGGUAGAGAAGCUCACCAUCAGUUCUGGCUGUCAAAUCAAGGAUUACCUUCUCCAGGAGAGUUACCACCAAAAAUGAUAUUAUCUUUGACAGUGAAAGACCCAAGACUUCAAAUUCCUGAUAAAAGAACAAAGGCUGUUCCUAAUCUAUCAGGAAAAAAAUGUCCAGAAAGUCCCAGUCUGCCUCCAAUUCCAUACGUCAGCCCAUUAUGGUUUUCAGAUAUACGCGAUAGUGUUACUAAAUCAAAACUGUCUACCUCAGAACUAAAUAAGUUGAGAUCAAAGCUUCUUGUCCCUGGUUUGCUGAGAACAUCUGAAAAUAAUGAGUCAAAAGAUGACACAGUAUCUAGGUCUAGGCUGGAGGCCUCUGUGUCUUCAAAAAUUCCUAUGAUGCUUGUGCAGAGGCCUGGAAGUCAAGACCCACUCACCAAACGUCUAGGAUUUGGUUGUGGAUGGGAUAUUAUUUUAACAGCUGGCUGGGCUAUGCCAUUUUGGCUGGCAUUUGUUUUUCGAUGUGCAAGACCAUCAGGUCUAAGGGAAGCUUCUGCUCAUGAGUUGGAAAGAGGGCUUUGUGAAUUUUUGCCUCCUGACUCCAAAGCAGGAAUUGAAGAAAUGUUGCGAAUUGAAGGAGACCUCAGAAAAUCAUACUUCAGGCUUCCUCCUAACAAGAGACCGAAUUUCAUUAAAUUGGGUAUCUCUUGCCCUUUUAAAUGUGACUGGUCUAAUCUCAUAAGAGAUUGGAUUUCAUCGCAAGAGGAAUCUAAUGGCCUAAGUGAUGGUGGAGAAUUACCCUCUACUACUGAAGAGUAUUUUGUCCUCAGAGAUCAUAAGAUUUUGCAGGAUUUAAACAAACUCAUUGUUGAGAUAUGGUCUUCUCUGUCAAAAAUGCCACUUGCAAACAGCACCCAAGAAAAUCUUCACCAAAAGUUGAUCAAAUUUCCAAAAUUUCCAAGUCAGAAAUAUUCACUUUUGCCUGUUCGUCUCGAAGCAGUUCAAAAGGGUGUUACAGAUGACAUGUCUAUAAUUUGUAUUCCAUCUGAAGAGGAUAUUGUAAAAAUACUUUCAGAUUCCUUCAAAAAUGAUUUAAUUGAGACACAAAAUUCUGAUGAAAAUCAGGAUGUACGACAAAAUAUUAGAAAUAAUCAUAAGAAGCUGCUUCUUCGUCUUCGAAGGCAGAGAGUUCGUGCAAAAAGAAAAGAAGAGCUAAUUAUGGAAAGUGACUCAGGGUCAGCCAAGAAGAAAGCUGAUUCUGAUGAGAAGCAUCCAACACAGGAUUUAGUCAUUGCUCACAACAGUAAAAUGGAGGACUUGUGGUUGCCAAAUACUAACAAAUUAGGAUCAAUUAAAAAUGCAUGUAGCCGAGAGACUGCAGGUUUUGUGACAAAAGGGAAUUUCUCUUUCACAGAAGCCAAAGGAUGUGGGGUAGGUUACAUAUCAUACCUGUCACUUUGGAAAUUACUGCAGGUGUGGAUUGAUCACUACCCCCAGAAGAUAGUUACAACUUCAACUGUUAAAAGUGCAAAUGUUAUUGUUCUUGUGAGGUCGCCAAACAGUUACCAAUACAGACUGGCUAAACUUAGUAUUGUUGAUUAGUUCAAUAAAGUCAUAAUGUUGCUCA